AUGAGUGUGGAGCCAUACUGUCGCGAAUCUUCUGGUGUCGACGGUUAUAGAAGAAUGGAGAGCGAUUGUUCCAAAUACUACCAAUGUGUACAUGGUAAAUGGCUCGAGCGACCAUGCGCCCCAGGAACGGUGUUCAACGAGCGGCUGUCUGUUUGCGAUCAUGCCAGAAACGUUCCAGAAUGUGGUAAAUGGCUCGAGCGACCAUGCGCCCCAGGAACGGUGUUCAACGAGCGGCUGUCUGUUUGCGAUCAUGCCAGAAACGUUCCAGAAUGUGGUGGAUAUUGA